AUGAAUGCUUCAUCGAAACAAUUCGAUAAGAAGAAAGAAGAUUUACAAACUCUUGCUAGUAUUCGUAAUCGAAUUCAAUUACUAGCUAAAUCAAUAAACAGACCAGGCGUUCAUAGUACAAACUAUAUGUCUGCCGCCGGAUUUGAAUAUACAGGUAAUGGAGAUACAGCUCGCUGUAAGGACUGUGGACUUGAAGUAUCCGAUUGGACAUUGAAUAUGAAUCCAUUUACUAUUCAUUUGACACGCCAACCUAAUUGUUCAUUCGUCUGUUCUAUGAUGCCAAUUUCAUUAUCAAAUAAGCCUGCUUCUUCCUCUUCAUCAACACCUGCUGUUCGAAGUGCAUCGGUAUCAAAUGAACAAGAAAAUCCUUCUAAACGCCAAAAAAUCGAAACAACAAAUUCAGAAUCUCUCUCAAAUACUUUAUUCGAAUCAGAUUUACUUCAACAAGUGCGAAGACAUACGUUUUCUCAUUGGUCACACCGCACUAUUCCAUCAAGUGUACAAAUGAUUGAAGCUGGAUUUUUUCAUUGUAAUCUUGGUGAUCGAGUGAUAUGUAUUUAUUGUAAUCUUAUUUGUCAACAAUGGAAAUCACAUACAGAUGAUCCAUGUGAAAUACAUAAAACACUUUCACCUAAUUGUAUAUAUGUCAAAGCAAAAUUAAUGCAUCCUGUAGUUUUAUCGGCAUCUAUUGUUAAUGAAAAUUCAACGAGUUCAGUUGGAGACAAUUGUUCAUCAAUAUCAAAUAAUCUUGAUCCAUUACAAUCUAAUGAUAUUAUACUUACAGCUUCAUGUAAUCCAGCUUAUUCAGAAAUAUCAAAACGUCUUGCAUCAUUUGCAACAUGGCCAAAUGAAGAUUUACCAUCAGUAGAUGAUUUAGUUCGAGCAGGAUUUUUCUAUACAGGUACAAAAACUAUUGUUACUUGUUUUUAUUGUAAUGGAUCAUUACACAGCUGGGGUCCAAAUGAUAAUCCAAUAAUUGAACAUGCACGUUGGUUUCCACAUUGUGCAUAUGCUCGACAAUUGUGUGGUGAUGAUUUAUAUCGUAAAAUUCAAGAAUCUAAACGAGCACAACAAGAGCGUACUAGAGCUAAUGAGUUCAGAGAAAGAAUAGGUUCUAAUGAUUUGUUAAAUACUAAUCUAAAUACAAAUAGUCAACAAUUAUUAAUACCUGAUGAUUGCACUUUAUCAAGACUUGUUGCUGCUCGAUUAGAUUUACCGAUGUCACGACAUUUAUUAGAUCAAAAUUUUAAAUUAUCAAUUAUUAAACGAUGUUGGGAAAAUCAAUUACAAAUAAAAGGCGAUGAUUUUGUAUCUGAAUGUGAUUUGCAAGUAGCUUGUUUAAUUCUUCAAAAACAAGUUGAACAUAUUAAUGGUAAAAAAGAAAAUAUUGUUAUACCAAGUAUAAAAAUGAAGCAAAUCAGACAAAAAGCAGAAAGAAUCCGUUAUGCGUUUGAUUCUACAGAAGAGAUUGAGAAAACAACUGAACGUGAAAAAUCAUUUUCGCAUUGGUUUCUUUCGUCACCAUCUCGACUUGAAAUGAUUACUGCUGGUUGGUUCUUAGAUACGACAAAAGAGACAGAUUCCGUGAUAUGUUUAUAUUGUGGUGCCGAACAUAAUCCUUGGAAAUAUGAUGAUAAUCCUUGGAGUAUACAUCAAAAGUUGUCACCAGAUUGUCCUUUUCUUCUUUCAUCACAUUCAAUGCAUUCAAGUUCAGUACCCACCAAAGAUUUACGUGAAAUUUUUAUACAAGAAAAAAUAGAUUCUGAUGUGACUCAACCCAAUUCAACACUUAUUUUCCCAUCUAAGUCGUAUUAUAGGCUUCCAACACGUCGAUAUGCAUCGUUUUCUACUUUUCCUGGUGGACUUCCAACAAAUAUUGAAGCAUUAGUCAGAUCUGGUUUUUACUAUUGCGGAAAUGGAACAAGACUUCAAUGCUAUCAUUGCGAAAUUGGGGUCACAAAUUUUCAUCAUGUUCCAUCGAAUGAGAUCAAUGUUCAACAUCUUCGUCGAGUUCCUGAUUGUUGUUAUGUACAAUUGUUACCUGAAGAAAAUAUAACACGAUCUACAAAUAAUGACAAUACUUGUGAAUGUCAAAUUCAUAUACCAAUUGGUUGGUUUGUGGAUAAAAAAACAUCAAAUGAUGUAGAUAUAAACACUUUUUCAGAAGCUUUAUCAGCAGCUAUAAAUUUAACUGAUACAUUUUCUUGGCCAAUUAAUCAAUUUAGUUUUCAAUCAGUUCAUAAAAAUGUUAGCGAUUCAAAUAUCUAUUCAAGUGUUCAUCAAAUUUGUAAUCGUCUUGAAUUUGGUGCAGUUGGUUCAAUAUCAAGUAUUGAUAAUCCUAAAACACAUUUAUUUGAAUUAUUUAUGACACGUUUACAUAUUUCAAUGAUAUCAUUAAAUUAUUUAAAUUAUAAUAAACAAGAUUUAACUUUAUUAAAUAAACCUUAUCAUUUAACAAUGAAAAUUGAUCUUUUACCAGCUCUAGUAGCAUUUAUAAAACGUUAUAAAAUAACAAAAUUAUUUUAUAUUAUGGAAGAUAUUCAAGGUCGUCAAUUAAAUGAUAUAACAAAUUCUAAUAAUACAAAAAAUUUACUUCAAAGUAUUGAAAUUAAAGAUCGAGGUUCAAAAGAAGAACUUUAUAUUGUACUUGAUUUGAAUAAUAUUAAUAGUUAUAUUAAAUUAUUAAUGCAAAUUCGACAUCAUGCAAUGACAACACCUCAUUACCAUUACAUUCUAAUGAGUCUUGAAGCUGAUCGAAUUGAUAUGCGUACAUUUCGUUAUGGCGGUGUGAAUGUAACUUAUUUUGUACCAAGAUCACCAUAUACAAUGAAUCCAUCAUUGGAUGGAUCAAUAAUUGAUCGAUUGUCUCUACCAUCGUUUGAAAAGAAAGCAUUAGCUGAUGCUUUAUCAAUAUAUAUGAGAGCAAUUAUGUUGUUAGAUGAUCGAAUUCGUUCUAAAAUUGUUUAUUCCGAUUCUAAUGAUAAUAAUUUCGAUCAUUUAAAAAUUCAAUGUCGAACAAAAACAAAUCAACAACAACAUGAAUUAUUCAGUGAAGAAUUAUUCAAUAUUAUGAAAUCACUUUCAUUUGAUGGAUAUUCUGGUCAUAUAGCAUUUAAUGAAUAUGGUGAACGUAUUAAUUAUACUUUAAAUAUGUAUCAAGUAACCAUGAAUAGAUUACCAAAAAAUAUUGGCAACUUUACACGUGAUGAAUUUUCUUUACAUAAUCUUAGCAUUGUUGAAGGUCGUCAAGUACAUGAUUUUGAUAAAGGAAAAGAACGAAUAAUUUCAACAAUUCUUGAUGAACCAUUUACAAUGUUAAACGAAAGUGUUGUUGGAAAUUUAACUGUAUCUGAUGCACUUGGUCAAUAUUUUACAUUUGAUGAAUUAUAUGGUUAUUGUGUUGAUUUAGCUCGUGUAAUAUGUGAAAAAAAACUUGAAAUUCCAUGUAAAUUUCGUAUUGCAAAAGAUAAUUCAUUUGGUAAUAAACCAGCUGAUGAUCAACCAUGGACUGGAAUGAUUGGUGAAUUAGUUCGACAUGAAGUUGAUCUUGCUAUUGCACCAUUAACAAUAACAAGUCAACGAGAAAAUGCAGUAGAUUUUAGUAAACCAUGGAUGAAUCUUGGUAUUAGUAUUUUAAUGAGUAAACCAGAAAGAACUAAACCAGAUGUUUUUUCAUUUAUGGCACCAUUAUCAAAAGAUAUUUGGAUGUGUGUUACAUUUGCAUAUAUUGGUGUUAGUGUAAUACUUUUUCUUGUUUCACGUUUUUCACCAUAUGAAUGGAGUAUGAAGAAUGAAGAAACAUUACAAUUAUCAAAUAAAUUUUCUAUUUUAAAUACACUCUUUUUUGCCUUAGCGGCUUUUAUGCAACAAGGCGUAGAUUUUAUACCAAGAUCAAUAUCAGGUCGACUAGUUGCCAGUGUAUGGUGGUAUUUUUCAAUGAUUCUUGUUUCAUCAUAUACUGCCAAUUGGGCUGCUUUUCUAACAGUUGGACGAAUGGUAACAUCAAUUGAAAGUGUCGAAGAUCUUGCAAGACAAAGAGAAAUAAAAUAUGGUGUUGUACGUGGUGGUGCAACACAAGCAUUUUUUGAAAAAUCAGAUGUUAAAAUUUUUCAUCGUAUGUGGACAUAUAUGCAACAAAGUGAUGAUGUUUUAGUUGCUAGUAAUGAAGAAGGUAUUAGUAAAGUUCGAAAAUCUAAUGGAAAAUAUGCAUUUUUACUUGAAUCAACUAGAAUUGAAUAUACAAAUGAACGUUCACCUUGUGAUACAAUGAGAAUAGGUUCAAAUUUAGAUUCAAAAGGUUAUGGAAUAGCAACACCAGUUGGUUCAGAAUUACGAGAAGCAAUUAAUAUAGCUAUACUUGAUAUGAGUGAAGAUGGUAUAUUAAAUAGUUUGAAAAAAAAAUGGUGGUAUGAUCGAUCAGAAUGUCAUAGUACUACAACAAAAGAAUCAAAACAAAAUAUUGCACUUAAUUUAGUAAAUGUUGCUGGAAUAUUUUAUAUAUUAAUUGGUGGUUUAGCUUUGGCUAUUUUAAUUGCUGUAUUAGAAUUUUUUGUUAAAGCAAAUAAUGAAGCCAAACAAACAAAAAAUAAUUUUGUUGAUGUUAUGAGACGAAAUAUGAGAUUAAGCAUUGCUGGUAUUCAAUUGAAUGAAGCAGCAGCAAUGAAAAUGUCCUUAAGAUAUUCUAGAAGAGAUAAUUAUCAAAGUUCGGAUCGAUUAUUUGAAGAAAAUGGUCAUGUAUAUGAUAAUAAUCAGAGUCAAGUGUAA